AAGUCCUCACAACUUCUCGGGAUGACUGUAAAUGAGAGUGAGAUUUACACUGAGAAUAUUCUCCUCUGUUUUCCGCUCCUGCCAGACUCGUGUCCUAGAGCUCAUCGUCUCACUGUAGUUAAAGUGGCAAUGUACGCAGUCAUGUUGCUCAUGAUCCUCACCACAGUUUUUGGGAAUCUGAUGAUCAUCAUCUCCAUCUCUCACUUCAAACAGCUUCAGUCUCCGACUCAUCUGAUCGUUCGUUCUCUGGCGGCCAGCGACUGUCUGCUGGGCUCUCUGGUCAUGCCCUACAGCAUGGUGCGAUCUGUCGAGGGCUGUUGGUUUCUGGGAGAUGUUGUUUGUAAAGUGCAUUCUAGUUUGGACAUGACUUUCAGUAUCUCUUCCAUACUGCAUCUUAGUUUAAUAUCUAUUGACAGAUACUGGGCCAUCUGUGACCCUCUAAGAUACAGAAUGAGGAUCACAAACAACACUGUGACUAUAUUUACCACUUUCACGUGGAUCUUUUCAUUUAUCUAUAGCUUUAGCAUUUUGUUUUCAGGCGUGAACAAUGUUGCUUUGGAAACUAUUAUGUAUUUUUACUGUGUUGGAAGCUGUGUUCUGCUUUUUAACAAACAGUGGGGUAUUAUUUGUCCAAUUCUCACAUUCUUUCUUCCCGGCACUAUCAUGACGUCUUUGUAUAUCAGGAUUUUUUAUGUUGCAGAAAAACAUGCAAGAGUUAUUGCUGAACAAGUACCUGUCGCUACAGGUGGGCUGAAAAGUCAAAGCUCUGCACAUAGAGAAAGAAAAGCAGCUAAAACUCUUGCCAUUGUGAUGGGGGUGUUUUUGCUCUGCUGGCUGCCUAUUUUUAUGGCCACCGUUGUUGACUCUGUUCUCAAUUUUGUCACGCCAGCAGAUGUUUUUGAGGCUCUGAUUUGGUUUGGCUAUUUUAAUUCUACAUGUAAUCCUCUGAUUUAUGGUUUCUUCUACUCUCGCUUUCAGAAGGCCUUCAAGAUUCUUGUUCUCUCUUAUACCUGCUGCAUCAUUGACUCAAACACUGUGACAGUUGAAUGA